UGUGUGGUGUUUCCGGGACGAUACGACAUGGGUACCUUCAAAAAAAGCGCGUACACCUUCCUUAAAGGCCGGCAACGCUCUUGUGAUUCCUCUGGUGUUGCAAGAGAAUGUGAUCACUUAACACCAGGUACCAGACCCGUACGCUCUCUUGACCUAUUCCAUAAAAAAAAAUUGUAAGCGUGAAUUUAUUUACAUUUCAGCCUCAUUAUGCUACGAUUAUUUUUUAUUCGUUAUUUUUAAAAUUAAAAAUAAUCAAGUACCUACAGGAAUUUUUAAAAUUGUAUUAUUACAAAAAUCAUUUAUGUUCAGUUUAUAUGUAUACUUCAUCUUUUCUAAAGUUGAGUAAAUAGGAACUCUUUGAGAAUCCAGUUUGAACAUAGAUACUAAUACAAAUAUUGUCGCUAAGCAACAGUUUCCAUAGAUUCUAACAAAUAUUUACAAAGACGAAUUCCAAGAAAUAAGUAUUUUUAAUUCAAAAUGAUGGAACAAAGUACUUCCAAUGAAGAAGUCCAAGCUGAUAUGCCUGAACCAGCAGGAGAGGAAACUGAAAUAAAACUGCGGCCACUGGAACGUAUCAAGUUACAUCCGAAAGUCCCAAUAGAACCUUCUGCGUACGGGAAGGGCAAAGGCUACAGUAGACCCUGGAUAUUACAGGAUGGACGUGAAGUACCUACUAAAGGAAGUGAAAUGCGAGAUAAUUACCGAACUCCUAAGAAGCCUCCUCACUUAGAAGGCAUUCGAAAACGUAUGCUCAAAGAUUUCUUCUGGGAGCAGAUGUUGGAUGAAGUCAUCGACGAACUGGCGACUUCGCAACCAGUAGAAGACUACUAUUCGGAAUACGACUCUAAUUACGUGAGAGAAAACUUUGAGCCGAGAAAUUUAGAGCAUACAGUGGAUAGAACAAUGCACUUGAAGUAUCCCUUGUAUGGUACAGGCUCUAGCGCCGUCACCUAUUACAGUGAAACCAUCAAGAAGACUGGACCCGGUGAAAUAUUGGAAAAGUUUCGCCGAUGUCAGUACUUUACUAAACCGAUGGAAGAAAGACUAGACAACGGAUGGGUCUUGUGAAUUUAUAACAAUAUCGCAGUUUUUUGUUUCUUGAAAUAAAAUCUUUUUUAGUAUAUUUUUUAA